CGCGCCCUGGCUAUUGGCAGAGCGCGACAGCCCCUCAUUGUGUCUAUGAUAAUCAGGGCGGCGGAGGCGUGCUGCCCCUUCUCUGCCUCCCCGGGCUGCUCUGCCUCCUCCGCCCAAGGCAACCCGACUUCUAUUUAAGCGCCACGACGGCUCCCCGAGACUUUCGAAGAUGACGGUGCCUCCGCCACUGGCUUCCGCAGCCCAAGGCUCCGUGGCCGAGCCCGGAUGGGAGAAGGCAGCGCGGCGACCGGCACCGGCGGCUGGAAGGCUCGGCUCCCGCUUCUCCGGACGGUGGCAUUAGUUGGCCCCGCGGCGGCUGCCAUGAGCUGCUCCGACGUGGUGAGGCACCAGCCGCAGGCGACGUGCUGCCCGCCCCAGCUCAAGCUGCCCGGCGCCGUAGCUGCGUGUCCCGCGUCCCCCGGCGCCUAUCCUGCGCCGCCCUUCGCGCACAGCCAGCAGAGUAAGCUAGCUGUAUACAGCAAGAUGCAGGAAUCUCUGGAAGUGACCCUUCCUAAUAAGCAAGAAGAAGACGAGAAAGACCAGCCUACUGAUAUGGAGUACCUUAACUCUCGCUGCGUCCUUUUCACUUACUUUCAGGGUGACAUUGGGUCAGUAGUGGAUGAACACUUCUCAAGAGCUUUAAACCAAGCUAGUCGCUUCAGUCCUGAGACUGCCAUUUCAAAAAGCAAGACAGGGCUAUGGAGAGAGAAUGCAACAAUCGCAAGCCAGAGGAGUGGUUUCCCAGCUUCGUUUUGGACCAGUUCUUAUCAAACUCCACCUCCACCGUGCUUAAGUGGAGUUCAUCAUGACUUUCCUGUUACUGCACCAGGCACCUUCUCAGCAGCAGAUCCCAGCAGCUGGCCAGGACAUACUCUGCAUCAGACUGCUCCACCUCCUCCGCCGAGUAUGCCAGAAUCUUGGCAUUAUCCAUUAGCAUCUCAGGUGAGCCCUUCAUAUGGACACAUGCAUGAUGUAUACAUGCACCGCCACCAUCCUCAUGCACACAUGCAUCAUCAUCACCACCCGACUUCGCACCUUGACCCACGGUACAGAUCUUUGCUGAUGCCUUCAGUUUGCGCAGGCAAGAUUCCUCCACCACAGUGUGAUGCAACAAAGACAGAUCCUACUGCUGUCACCAGUGCUACCUCAGCAUGGGCAGGAGCCUUUCAUGGAACAGUUGACAUUGUGCCAACUUUUGGGUUUGACGCAGGCAUCCAACAUCAGGACAAAAGUAAGGAGACAUCAUGGUUCUGAAGUACCAAAAAAUGGAUUUUACCAGUAACCAGUGUUAAAAGAGUUCCCAUCUUGUGAAGGAGAUACUACAGUAUUAUUAUUUUUUACUGUUUCUUCACAGUGGCAAUAAACAUUAUACUAAGCAGAUGA